CUGAUUAACUUAUUCUCUUCAGUUUAUCGGUUAGCUGUUUUUUUCUUCCUCACUCCUGCAACUAGCCAACCCUCUGGCACCCCGUGUGCUAUCGACUCUGGAGCUCCCUAUCAUUCAAACCUACUACCCACUCCCAAUCAAGAAUUUAAUCAGCCUGGAUCGUUUAUUUUGGCAGACAAUUUCUUUUAUUCUGGUUCUACUAAUACUAAUACUUCCUCAUCCACCAGUAUCACCACUUCGACUACAACUGGGCUUUAUGCUGGAAAUAUUAUCAGAAAAUCAUCAAUAGAUGCAGUAACAUCAAGAUACAGGAUGCAAGCUAUAGCAUCACAUGAGGUAUCCCGAUCUUCCCGAACUUCUUCGAAUCUUUGUCAGCAGGUAUCUUUGAAGCCGGAAUAUACCAGCCCCUUGCAAACUCAUUGCUUGUCGCUGCAUCAUAAGAAUCAGCAGUUAUUUCAAUUAACGGAUCAUUCUAAUCGACACCAGCAACAGCAGCAACCCCAACAAAAUUCAAGAGAGGUUAUAACCUCUCAAGCAAGCUUGAUAACACCUUUAUCGUCUCAAUCAGAAAUUACUUAUUCCAAGGCCUCUUUGCAACCCAGUUCGGAUGCACAUAGUUUGCAAUUUCAACUUCCGAAUUAUCAGCAGCUUCAGCAAAAUAACUUUGUGUCUGCACACCGACCCCCUCUGCCUUGCCUUACUGGUCUGACUCCAGUCAAUACGGCCACCUGCAUAUCUUGUCCGAUAAGGAAAUUUGGAAGAGUGAGUCCGUUUGUUUUACUUUUUACUUUUUACUUUCUUCAUUCUCGUUACAAAUGA